CUUAGUAGACGUAUGCAAUGGCGGAUCCAGAGAUUUCACACAAACUGAAGAAAUAUAAAGCGUAUCUAGAGUCACAUCCAUACGGGGAUAAGGUGCUGCUAGUCCUCAACAAACUGUCCGCCCUCCAAGUUUCCAUAUCACUGUUACAGGAAACUGGAUUGGGCAAGCUAGUAAAUGGAUUUCGCAAGAGAGACACUGAAAUAGGUGUCAGAGCUAGAGAAUUGGUUGCCAGAUGGAAGAAUCAAGUUGCUACCGAGGCCAGCUCCUCAAAGAAGAAAGGUUCCUCUAGGCGGUCACCCUCUCCACCUCCCUCCCCAUCACCCCCACCCUCCCCAUCACCAUCACCCUCCCCUGAACGGUCACCCUCCCAAUCUCCUGAACGUUCACGGUCUGCAUCUCCUGAACCAUCUCGGUCCCCAUCUCCUGAACGAGAACGAGAGCAUGUCUCAGGGGACGAAUCAGACAGGAGGUAUUCCUCAGAGGGGGGACAGUCCGACAGUGAAGCACAAGAGGAGGAAUACGAUGAACCACCCCGCCGACCCAAGAACAUGUUUAUUGACAGCGAUGAGCAUACCUCAGACAGUGAGGAGGAUGAUGAGGAUGUGAGGUCAGACGAAAGUUCUCCAGAGAGAGGGAGGCAUGGUUACCAGGAGAGCCCGGACAGAAAAAAGCAUGGUCAUAGUCCUGAUAGAGGGAGACACCGUUAUCGGGGCAGCUCUGAUAGUGGCAGUGAAGGGCAUCAAGAGAGUCCAGAUAGAAGGGGACAUGGUUAUCAGGAUAGUUCAGAUAGAAAGAGACAUGGUUAUCAAGAUAGUUCAGAUAAAAAGAGACAUGGUUAUCCAGAUAGUUCAGAUAGAAAGAGUCAUGGUUAUCAAGAUAGUGCAGAUAGAAAGAGACAUGGUUAUCAAGAUAGUUCAGAUAAAAAGAGACAUGGUUAUCAAGAUAGUUCAGACAGGGGGAGUCAUGCAUCAUACCAAGAGUCAAAGAAGCAGAAAUAUAGGGAAAGUCCACAGUCCUCCCCAAAGAGGGAUCACAAACAUAGAGAAAGUCCACACUCUUCCCAAAAGAUGGAUAUCAAACACAAACAUAGAGAAAGUGCACAGUCCUCCCCAAAGCCGGAUAUCAAACAUAAACAUAGAGAAAGUCCACAAUAUUCCUCAAAGACCGAUAUCAAACACAAACAUAGAGAAAGUCCACAAUAUUCCCCGAAGAUGGAUGUCAAACACAAACAUAGAGACCGCACUGAACUGUUGCCUUCUAAGGAAGACAGGCACAGAAUGAAGGAGGAACUCAAGAAGGAGAAGUACAGAGAAGGUGCCUCAUCAGAUAGAACUAAACAUUCCAGUAAGGAGAAAAGUCACUCCAGUUCAAACAGACUGGAGUCUCCUAAGCCACAAGAAAGACACAGAGGGGAGAAGACUAGUGAUGAUAGAUCAAAGAAACAGGAAAUAAAAGAUCACAGAAAAGAACAAAAAAGUGAUGUUGACAAACACAGGAGGGAUAAAGACUCCAAAUCUAGUUCCUCACAUUCCCAUUCUAAAUCUGGCAGUGCCAAACCUUCCAAAGAUGAUAUGUAUUCCUCAGCCAGUUUGUUUAGUCCAGAUAAAGAUGAGAAGAUGGUGCCUAAAAAGAAAGCCAAACCUGUAUCAGGUCAUGGCGAGUCAGUUUUUGAUUUAUUUAGUGUUGACAAUACUGAAAAAGUUAAAACAGUUUCAACUAAACCAAAGCCUAAACCAGUGGAUCCUACCGGUGCAUUUUCCAAACCUUCAUUGCCUAAACCAGAGAGAACUCAUUCUCCUAAGCCAUCUCACUCUUCCAAAACUAAUUCUCAUUCUAAUGCUGUGCCUGGUAAACAUGAAAAGUAUUCAAACUCAGGGAAUGGUCAUGUGAAGUCAGACCAUAGGGGUGAUAAACAUUCUUCCGAUGUGCCUAAGAAGGACAAACAUAGGGAUGAGAGGAGAGAAGCGAAGGAUCUGAAGGAGAAGUCUAAGCAUGAUACACAGAGGUCCAAAGAUCGACCCUCAAAGAGCAGUGCUAGUGACAAUCAUCCCAAGAGUAGCAGCAGGGAUACUCAUUCAGGGAGUAGUGGUGCUGUUCAGAAUAGUGGGAAGGAUAGUGGGAGGGAAAGUAGUGACAAGAAGAAGAAGGUAGAAAAACGGAAACAUGUGAAUUUAGAUGAUGACAGUAUGUCAUUUGAUGAUUUUUGAACUGUGAUACUUCAUUGGCACCAAAGAAACCCAAAACUAUGGCAGCACCUGUGGAAAGAAAAA